UAUUUAAUAUCAAAUCCUGCCCUAGAAAAAGCGGGUGUAAAUCCAUUAGUUGGAGGAUCAAAGGAGAAGAAGAGCGUAGACCUUUUCUCUCCAAAAUUAAAAACAAAAACAAUUUUUCAUUCUGUUUGUCCUUCUUCUUUUUUUCUUUUUUCUUUUUUUUUCUUUUGUUUUUUUCCUUGUCUGUUUAUCAGGUUGUUUUUGUUUCUCCAAUUGGGGGAGAGAGCUAUAGGUAAAAUGGCAAAGAGAUUGAAAAACCGCCAGUAGCGUUUUCGCAUUUAAUUCGUUUUAAGUAACAGUGCUCAGUCGGCGAAACUGGAAUCUCAGAAGUUUUUUAUUCAAUUGGAAUUUUGGUGCCAAGAAUUCGUCACCGCUUCCAGAUUGCGUAGAUCAUUCGCGACAAUCAAUCAGGGAGUUUUGAUGUUGUCGCAAUGGUACUUGCAUUUGUCUGGAAUCUAAAAAAUGUUUGGCCCUUUUCUAUGUUCAAACCGGAUGACCUAAGAGUAUCCAACGACUUUGUUAGCAAACUUUCGAUUCCCGAAGAAACGAAACAGUUUGUGUAUGCAGUUCGUGAGCCCGAAACUCAAUCCCUGAUAUACAUUCUAUCUGUUCAGAAUUUAUCUGAGCGGUCGGUAUCAGAUUCUGAGUGUCUAAUUGGGGAAAUUAGACCUGAGCUUGUCAUUGCUCAGGUUGGUCAUUCACCCACAACUGAAGAUAGGGAAUUGGGGGAUGGUGUUGAUAGCUUACUUCCAACAUCAUCCUUUGAAGUUCUCAGAAGAUGUUUUCUGGAUAAGGUUAGCAAGGAGAACUACGAAAAUGUUGCGAGCAACUUGGUUUUACGAGAGAUUUUUGGGACCAGUUUUCAUGGGAAUUUUUUAGCAGCCAAGAAAGCAGCUCUUGAGGUUGGGUCGUCAUUCUUGGAGAUUGAGUCAAAAUGUUUGAAUUCUUCUAUUGCGGAUAAUAGCACCUCAGAGGACCUUGAUGCGGUGAGCAAGUACCAAGGAUUAGUUAGUAGUCUGGUUCCACAGAAGGUGGGUAUACCUGUUUCAUCGAGUUCAAUGAGGCUUUUCUCAACUAACAAUAUCCAGUCACAAAUGGUCCAAUUGUUGGCACCAUACAUGGAUUUAUCAAUAAAGAGGUUAAGUCCGUCGAGCUCUGUUUUGGAGAUUGCCCCAGAAGAAAUUCAGCUACAACAUAAUUAUGAGGCCCCACCUUUUGCUAAAUCCAUCUAUUCAUUACUUGUGGAUCUAUAUAAUAUAUUUGAAGAUAUCCCAUCAAUUGGAAAGGCUCUAGCUCAUUCGCAGAAAAUGCUAUACAGUAUAAACAGAGGUGAAGCUGUGGAUAACCAAAUCAUAUCUGAGGUUUACAUCUUUAGGGUUGCAGUUGAGGGGCUGAGAAUUGCUAUGAACAAUGCUGGUAGACUGCCUAUUGACAAAUUAGGGAAUGCGAACUCUAGCGUGACUGAUUUUUCUGAGCUUUCAAUUGAGGACAAAUCACAAGUUCUCUUUAUACAGGCCCUCCGGGAUCAGGCUAAGAAGUUCAAGACCAUAGUUGCAGUAGUGGAUGCCAGUAACUUAGCAGGUCUUAGGAAACACUGGAAUGUUCACGUGCCUCCAGAAGUUAAGGAUUUGGUUGGUCAGAUCAUUACAGAUUCUGAAGGUGAAGAAGAAAUGUCAAAACAGAUGGGCAUGAAGCGAUUAUUGACUGAGAAACCUAUGGUGGCUGUGGGGGCAGGGGCAACUGCAGUUAUAGGAGCUACAUCUCUCUCUAAAGUUGUUCCUGCCUCAACCAUUAUGAAGGCUGUAACAUUUAAAGUUCCUGCUUCACUUAAACUGAUGAUGACCCAAAGCCAGAAAGUAGUUGCUCUAGCCAAGACUUUUGUUCCUUCGAAAGUUGUUGCUCCAGGAUUUGCAACUUCUGGGAUCAAAACAACGCCUGUCCUUAAGGCAACUGCUUCUGCUGAGAAUAUACGGGCUGUUGCUCAUGGUGUUAUAGCCUCUGCUGAGAAAACCAGCUUUUCAGCCAUGAGAACAGCAUUCUAUGAAAUAAUGAGGAAAAGGCAAGUCCGACCAAUUGGUUUUCUGCCAUGGGCUACAUUCGGGGGUAGCAUUGCAACUUGCAUGGGGUUGCUUAUGUAUGGAGAUGGGAUUGAAUGUGUUGCUGAAUCUCUUCCUGCUGCUCCAUCAAUUGCCAAUUUGGGUCGAGGGGUUCACAGUUUGCAUCAGGUAUCUCAGGAAUUGAGGCAAACAGAUGGCACUAGAAUACAAAAAUCUGUAGAAUCUCUAAUGUACAGAUUAAAGAAAGUAAAGUUUCAGUAGAAUGGGAAUGCAUCUCUUCCUACCAUAUGAUUACAUAUUUUAUUACUAUUUGAUUUUGCUCGAGUUUAUUGUAUAUGCGAGUCAUCUUAGGGGUUUUAUUUGUAUUUUGGUGUUAAUUUCCUUUUGUGCAUAUGGUAUCCAUUUUUCAAACUAGAAACAGCUUAGCAUGAUAAUUUUGAUAUAACUUGUUGUAAAUAUUAAUUUUUGGUGUACAGCUUCAUAUUCAUGAAUACCUGUUUGAUAUUUGAGUCCUCUGUUUGA